CCCAAAUCAUCGCCUUUGGGACUCGCUGUUACAUUUCCUCCCCUCCUCUUCUCGCGACCCGUCGCCCUCUCCGAUCCGUCUCGCAUGUCUGAUAUUGAAAACUUCAAGAAGUUCUACGACCCCUUUGCCGAGACCACUUCUGGCAACAGUGAUGCUCUUGGUAACAUUGUCCACAUCCGACUCCAGCAGCGCAAUGGACGCAAGACUCUGACCACUGUUCAGGGACUUAGCAGCUACCUUGACGAGGAGAAGAUCUCCCGUCUGAUUAAGAUCUUCAAGCGUGACUUCUGUUGCAACGGCACCGUUGUCACCCAUGCCGAGUGGGGAAAGGUCAUCCAGCUUCAGGGUGAUCACCGCACCAAGAUUUCCGAGAUCCUCUCCAAGGAGAACCUGGUGCCCAAGGACCUGAUCAAGGUUCACGGCUUCUAAGCGAAAGGGCACACGCGGUGUCCUCCCUUGCCGGGCUCUUUCCUCCAACAUCCCCCUCUUCCCCCUCUCCAGCACGCAUCUGCGCCACUCUUCCGCACAUCCCGCUGUGUGUGCACGGCAGCGCGCGCGCAUCUAUCCCCUCGCCCCCUCCUCCGCGCCCUUGGCGUGUGUGUGUGUGUGUGACUGUGUAUGCGCCUUUCUCCCGUGUGCUUGUGCGUCGUGUGCUCUUUGUGACCGUGUGUGCUGCGUGUCUUUGCCGCGCGUGUGCGUGUUUCCCCCCGAGAAAGAGACAGGGUGUGCCAGUUGUCGCCACACUCUCGUUCUCCCCCUCUCCCGCUCGCGUGCCCACCCGGCGCUGUUCUAUAUUCCCUCUCCUUCCUUCUCUCCCUCUCUCUCUUCCCCUCCCCCGCGCCCGGCUUUCCCCCCUCGGCGUGUGUGUGUGUGUCUGAGAAAGACCGAGAGUGCGCGUGCCUCGCCUCCAGAGCCCCCCGCCUCCGCUCUUCCAUCUCUCUCUCUCCCUCUCUCCUGCUCUGGCUGUCGCGCGCCGCGCCUCUGCAUGCUGAUGCAUUCCCUGGCCUGCUGCCAGCUGCCUCCUCCUCCCGGUGGUGACACCGUUGUAAAUAUAUUGUAGCCAUG